UAUAUUAUUAGUAAGGCUUCCAGUCAACAGUAGGCUAUUAGUAGUUAAGUUUUAGGGAGUCAAAAGUUAUAUGCAGAUUUUUGACUGCUUGCGGGGGUCAGUGCCCCUCAUCCUUGUUGUUCAAGGGUCAGCUGUACUAAGUGCUACUGUGCAUUAGGCAUUAAAUUAUGCAAAUCAACUCAUUUAAUUCUCACAACUUUUUGAGGUAGGUGCUAUUGUUAUCUUAAUUUUAGAGAAGAAAACAGUAAGGCACAGUUUUUCUAAGUUUACCAAAAUAACUUGCCCAGGAUCACACAGCUAGCAAGUGGCAGACGUAAACACUCUGGCUUCAGAGCCUGCUGUUUAAACUUGUAUACCAUACUGCCUACUAGAGUCAAGUUGAAUAGUCUAAAGUCUCAAGUAGGUUUAGUUUAUGCACAGACAAUUCAGUGCAUGAGGAGGGAAAGGCAGGGCAUGAGAGGGAAAGCUAAGCACUGGUCUGUGUUUACUUUUUUUUGUUUUUUGAGAUGGAAUUUUGCUCUUGUUGUCCAGGCUGGAGUGCAAUGGUGGCAUGGUCUCAACUCACUGCAAUCUCCACCUCCCGGGUUCAAGCAAUUCUCCUGCCUCAACCUCUUGAGUAGCUGGGAUUACAGGCACAUGCCACCACAUUUGGCUAAUUUUUAAAAAUAUAUUUUUAGUAGAGAGCAGGGUUUCACCAUGUUGGCCAGAGUGGUCUCGAACUCCUGACCUCGGGUGAUCCACCCUCCUUGGUCUCCCAAAGCGCUGGGAUUACAGGCAAGAGCCAUUGUGCUCAUGUGAAGUAAAGAGAUGUGUUUACAUUUAUUUAACCCUCACAACAACCUACUAAGUUGGUACACCUGUGAAAUAACUGUUGUUAUUUUAUAGAAGGGGAAAUUGAAGUACAGAAAAGUUAUAUAAUUUGCCAAUAAUUACAAUGCUAGUAAAUGGCACAGCUAAGACUUGAAUCUUUUUUACUAUACAGUACCAGAGAGAUGCAAAGACCUCAGUAUAUGUGCACCUACAGUAUACACACAUACACAGGCACACUCACAUUUCUUCACCUACCAUUCUAUAGUGCUUGAUGUUUAUAGAAGAGAUCCAACAGUUCCAUAGCCUUGGGUCUCAAACCUUCUGCUAGAGAGUUGCCAGAUUGAGCAAAUAAAAAUAAAGGAUGGCCAGGCACUGUGGCUCAUGCCUUUAAUCCCAGCACUUUGGGAGGCCGAGGCUGGUGGAUCACCUGAGGUCAGGAGUUCAAGACCAGCCUGGCCAACAUGGCAAAACCCCUUCUCAACUAAAAGUAUAAAAAUUAGCUGGGUGUGAUGGCAGACACUUGUAGUCCCAGCUACUUAGUUGGCUGAAACAGGAGAAUCGCUUGAACCUGGAGGCAGAGGUUGCAGUGAGUUGAGAUCAUGCCACUGCACUCCAGGUUGGGCAACAGAGUAAGACUCUGUCUCAAAAAUAAUAAUAAUAAAGGAUGCAGGCCAGGCAUCUUGGCUCACAUACCUUUAAUCUCAGCACUUUGGGAGGCAGAGGUGGUACAGUUACUUGAGCCCAAGAGUUUGAGACCAGCCUGAGCAACGUACUGACACUUCAUCUCUAAAAAAGUAAGUAAAUAAUAAUAAAAAAUUAAAGAUGCCCAGUUGAAUUUGAAAUUUAGAUAAAUAAUUUAAAAUAUAUCCAUGCAUUAUUUGAGAUACACUUAAGCUUAAAAAUGUUGGUGUUUAUCUGAAAUUUAAAUUUAACCAGGCAUUCUGUAUUUUAUCUGGCAACCCUACUAAGGAGAAAAAUUCCCAUUUGUCUUUCAAGUUCUAAGUCAAAUGAAUAUUCUUACAUUAAGUCUUCAAUGAUUUCUCUGAGUAGUUUGUUUUUCCCUUCUGUUCUUUUAUAACCUCACCUGCAUCUAUCCAUUAUAGUAUUUAUUACUCUGAUUGUAGGUGCCUGAGCCUUCAGACCCUUUAUCUUUUUUUUUUUUUUUUUUGAGACAGAGUCUUGUUCUGUCGCCAGGCGCCAGGCUGGAGUGCAGUGGCUUGAUCUCCGCUCACUGCAACCUCCGCCUCCUGCAGACCCUUUUAUCUUUUGUGGGGAAACAGUUUUAUGUUCAUCUUUGAAUUACCAACCAUGAAGAUGUUGAAUGAUUGAAAUGGCAAUUUAGUAAACAUUUACUGAGAGCCAGUAGGUGUAAGAGGAGGAAUGAAGGAGAACCAGCAUUUAUGAAUUGCCUUCUAUAAGCUAAAUAUAGUGCUGCUUAUAAUAUUUAAUUCUCCUGAGGCCUUAUUAAUAAAUGGAUAGGCAGGCUUUGGCAGCAGGGAGAUCACAUUCUCCUGAGGCCUAUAACACUUGGCAUAAAUAACUGAUGCCAUUCUAGUCUCUGCAUCUUCUUUCUGAGAGCUUUCUCCUAGUUGGCAUAGAACUGUUUCCAUAGAAACAAGGUCUGUAAGAGUCAAGGGACAGGAAGAGCAGUUUGCACUUCCGGCGUACGUCGGGACGCGGACAACCCGGAAGUUGGCGCCGCGCGGUGGUAUACGGUCGCUCCCUGAGAGGAUGCCGCUUGUGGUGUUUUGCGGGCUGCCGUACAGCGGCAAGAGCCGGCGUGUUGAAGAGUUGCGCGUGGCCCUGGCUGCCGAGGGCCGCGGGGUGUACGUGGUAGACGACGCGGCUGUGCUGGGCGCAGAGGACCCAACCGUGUACGGCGAUUCUGCCCGUGAGAAGGCACUGCGUGGAGCUCUGCGAGCCUCCGUGGAGCGGCACCUGAGUCGUCACGACGUGGUCAUCCUGGACUCGCUUAACUACAUCAAAGGCUUCCGCUACGAGCUCUACUGCCUGUCGCGGGCAGCGCGCACCCCACUGUGCUUGGUCUACUGCGUACGUCCCGGCGGCCCGAAUGCUGUACCUGAGGUGGCGGGCGCGAACGACAACCCGGGCCUGAACGUCAGUGUGAGUUGGCGACCACGCGCUGAGAAGGACGGGAGACCCCUGGCGGCCGGCAGCAGUGUCCCCAGGGAACUGCAUACUGCGGGCUCCACAGUAAAUGGAAGUGCACAGGCCGACGUACCUCAGGAACUGGAGCUAGAAGAAACCGGGGCUACAGAGUCACCAGCUCUCGUGACUCCGGAAUCAGAGAAAUCUGCAAAACAUGUGUCUAGUGCCUUUUACUCUCCCGAACUCCUGGAGGCCCUUACGCUGCGCUUUGAGGCUCCCGAUUCUCGGAAUCGCUGGGACCGGCCUUUAUUCACUUUGGUGGGCUUAGAGGAGCCAUUGCCUCUGGCAGAGAUCCGCUCUGCCCUGUUUGAGAACCGGGCCCCACCACCCCAUCAGUCUACGCAGUCCCAGCCUCUCGCCUCCGGCAGCUUUCUGCACCAGCUGGACCAGGUCACGAGUCAAGUAUUGGCCGGACUGAUGGAAGCGCAGAAGAGCGCUCUCCCCGGGGACUUGCUCACGCUUCCUGGUACCACAGAGCGCUUGCGGUUUACCCGGCCCUUUACCAUGGCAGAACUGAGUCGCCUUCGUCGCCAGUUUAUUUCGUACACUAAAAUGCAUCCCAACAAUGAGAACUUGCCUCAACUGGCCAACAUGUUUCUUCAGUAUCUGAGCCAGAGCCUGCACUAACCAGAGGAGGUGGGGGGUCGGGGGGAAGCCAUGGCUUCUUAUCUCCACUGCACAUUAUUUUUCUGGGAAGAAUAAGCUGAAGGUCUCCAGAGCAUAUGAAUGCAAUACUGUACUAGAGCUGUUGUGACAGAUUCACUCAAACUUUCCUGCCUGUGUUUGUGUCAAGCCUUGGGUUUACAGCAUAAGUUGAGACUAAAGAGAAUGGAGAACUAUCUUGUCGCAUCCUGGGAAAUCCCUCCAGAGAACAGACUUCAGGUGGAUAGGAAUUGCUUAGAUUGGAUCCUACUUGGGAUAUUACAGAGCAUUGACCAUUGACUUUCCUCAUCUGAGGUGUGGGAGAACAGACUGGAUGGAUGAGAAUUGUUUUAAACAAUUGUGAACAGAAACCAAAGAUGGCACAGUUCUACAACUGUACCUGCCCUUUUUUCAUGCCACAAAAGUAUUUUUUGAGUACUGUACUGACUUUUUGCUAGUCUUUAUUCUGGGACUGAGUUCACAGAUAAAUCCAUUUGUUUCUGUGCUUGGGAAGCUUUGUUUUUGUGAAAGUAGGACAGUUAUCUCCUAGAUUAUUUCCUCUAAUAAAAUCUUUAAAAUAG